AUGAUCAACUCAUAAAUUUAAUCAGAUUCUGAAGAAUUUGUAUAAUAAUAAGAAAAGGGAGAUAUCAAUUUUUAUUCUGGAUUCUUUGAUACUUAAGAAGAAGUACUUCAAAAACCAUUAGAUAAACAAACUAUUAAGGAUAAAGUAAUACAAUAAACUAAACAAUCAUUUAGUAAGUAAUCCACCUUAAAUUAAAAAAUUAAAUCAAAAUUAAAUAAAGUUGCUUUAAAAAUAAGAUAAUAAAAUGAAAAAUUUAAUGAAGUAGAAGAAUAAAUAGAAGAAGAUAAUCAAGAAUAAGAAUAAUAAUAAUUAGAUUCUAAAAUAUUUGCUAUAGAUAUAGAAUUUCAUUAAUUAAAAUUAAAUAAAGCAUUAGUCAAAGCUUGUCAUGAUUAGGGAUAUACUCAUCCUACAAAUGUUUAAGCUAAAAUAAUUCCAAUAAUUAUGAAUGGUAAGGAUGUUUUAGCUAGUUCAUGUACUGGAUCAGGUAAAACAGCAGCAUUCCUAUUACCUAUUAUGUAGCGUUUUGGCAAUCUUAAAAAUUUACAAUAUUCCAAAGCAUUGAUAAUAUUACCUACAAGAGAACUUGCACUAUAAUGUUUUGAAAUGUUUGAAAAAUUAAAUAAAUAUGCUAAUUGUACAGCAGCUUUAGUAAUUGGAGCUGUUCCAAUAUAAUAAUAAGAAGCUGAAUUGAGAAAAUAUCCUGAUAUUGUAAUUGCUACUCCAGGUAGAAUAGUUGAUUUAUUAACUAAUUCAUCUAGUAUUGAAAUUCAAAAGUAUUUUAUACUAAUAUAUUUAUAGUAUUGAAAUUUUAGUUUUUGAUGAAGCAGAUAGAUUAAUGGAAAUGGGAUUCGAAAAAGAAAUUAGAUAAAUACUUUAAGCAACUUCAAAAGAUAGAUAGACUGUUUUAAUUAGUGCUACUCUUAAUGCUACUGUAAAAUAAUUAUCUUAAUUGGCAUUAAAUAAUCCAAUAAAAAUUAAUGUUGAUUUUGUUGGUGGUUUAGCUUAUGGAUUAAAACAGUAUUUAUUACGAAUAAGAUCCAAUUAAGAAGCAGACAGAGAAGCAACGUAUAUAUAAUAUUUAAUUAUAGACUUAUUACUUUAUUGAAAACAAAAUUCAAAGAGAAAACUAUAAUAUUUGUUAAAACUAAACAUGAUUGUCAUAGAUUAGCAAUAAUUUUAGGAUUUUUAGAUAUGAGUAGUUGUGAAUUACAUGGGAAUCUAUCAUAACAAUAAAGAAUUUAAGCUUAUGAAGAUUUUAAAGUAAAAUAAUGAAUUAAAUUUAGGAAGGAAAAUUUUAAUUUUUAUUAGCAACAGAUUUAGCUGCUAGAGGAUUAGAUAUGACAGAGGUUAAAGCAGUUAUAAAUUAUGAGAUUCCUUAUGAAGUUACUAGAUAUAUUCAUAGAGUUGGUAGAACUGCUAGGAUAGGUGCAUAAGGUAUAUCAGUAACAAUAUGUUUGGAAAAUGAAGUUGUAAAAUUUAAAAAAAUGAUACGAUAAUCAAAAUAAUAGUUAUUUACAAUGAUAGCAGAUAUUAAUAAAGUUAAAUAAAUACGUCGUCAAAUAUAAUAAUUGGCACCUUAAAUCAGAAAAGUUAUUAAAGAAGAGGUUGCUGAAAUGGAAGUUCGAAAAAAAGAAAUGUAAACUUAAAAAGGAUAAAUUCAAAUGGAAGAAUCUAAUGAUAAUAUUUAAGAACUCUAAAAAGAUAAAAUAUAAUUAAAAAAAAAGAAAAGAGUUAACAAAUUUAAUAAUUGA